UUGCUGUGACACCAAACGGACUUCUCAGCAUCGGCCUAAACAAGGACGCAUUUGAGUCCAUUCAGCUCACCGGGAAGCCCAUUCAAACCUCCAGGAAGUUCAAAGAUCGCUAUCAUCUCACGUGGUCUUGCUGGGCCCGAAAAUGCCCAAACUCCGUCAACCCGGCCCUCUGGGUACAAUUGCCCUACGCGCAACAGCUGCAUGGCUGUGCAAACUGGCCAAGGAGUACAUGCCGGUAAUUGCUCAGAUUUCCAAGGUUAAUGUCCAGGAAGCAGCGAUGAUUCUCAAGGAUAAAAUGCAGGAGUUGCAUGAUUUAUUUGAGUACAAUGUGCCAUUUUGUCUGUACGACAAACUCGCUGAGGAGAUGUUCAUUGCAAUUCCCAGGCUGAUUGAGAACAUCAAGAGCCGGCAGGAGCUCAAUUCCUCAAUGGGGAAGUUUCUCAGUGAAGUCAAUGUGGCUGUUAGUCUCACUGAGGUGCUCCUGUCGUCGAAUCUGCGAACGUUGCACUUUGAUCAGGUUCCCAAGAUGAUGAGACAUAUUUUCUACAUGAAACUGGAUCAGUUGACUGGGAUAAUGUCCCUGGAUCUGGGUUCCCUGUCAGGUGGAUGGAAGACCCAGGAUAUGGAACCAACGGUUCUCAAUGGGAUUGUUAAUAUGCGAAAUUUACGUGCAAUUAGCAUAAAUUACGAUGCAACGGAUAACAUUAUAACAACCCUGGGGGAAUGUUGUCCGAAUCUCGUUGCGAUUGAUUUUAGCUCCUCAAAAUGCAUCACUAAUGCAAGUAUUGACCUCCUAAUGGCACUACCGAAUCUCCGGAGGGUUAUUCUCUACAGGACCUCUGUCACAAUGGAUGGGUACAUAAGGUUAUUGCUGAAUUUGCCAAAGAUUGAAGAUCUCGGGCGUUACGAUGAUCUUGGGCGGUGCCUGUCGUACAUUGAUACCUACUACCCGAAUCUGGAUGAAUUGAAUCUCACCAAAUUCAUCAGUCACUACGCUACAACGGAACACCUUCAGAUCCUGGGGAAACUCUGCCCAAAGCUUCAUACAGUUUCCCUCUUUCACAACGCCCUCCUGGUUGACCUCAUGACCCUGAUUGCCAUUGAUGAUCUGCGGGAUCUAAAGCUCCUCUCAGCGGACUUCUUCGCUGAUCAAAUUAGGCACGUGCUGGAGGUGAAAGGUUGCAACCUCACCCAUUUGCACCUGGAGCAUGUUGAUGAGAUCGACAUGAAUGCCCUGAUCUACAUCAGUCAAUUCUGCCCCGAUCUCAAGACAUUCGUCAUCUACAAUUGCGAUUUAGUCGAUAGUACGUCACUCUGCAUGAGACGUUUCCCCAUCCCGCCCUUUAUGAACCUGGAGAAGCUCACAAUAGCAGCCACAUGCAAAUUCUGGCAUCUUGACUUCCUCCUGGCCACCGCCUUCAAGAUCCGCUACAUCCACUUUGGCACAAUGGUUCCAACAGACGAUGAUCUCAUUGUCCACGUUCUCGCCAAGAAUCCAAUGCCACUCCUUGAGGAAUUCCGUAUUAUGUUCUCAGAAUGCCUCACAAUCAAUUCAGCGUACAAGCUGGCCAACACCUGCGUCAGUCUGCAGAAACUCACGGAAAUUGAGAGUUGGACAAAGAUAACGGAGGCUGAAUUGAAUAUUUUCAGAAAGUUCAUCAAGGCCCGAAAUAUGGAUUUGGACAUUAAAUCGCAAAAAUUCAAUUCUAACUAAUAAAAUAUUAUCCCUUAAUUGCACUUAAAAAAAAGUUCCUUAAAAUAUAAUAAUUUAAAAAGCUGGAACUUUGUUAUAUUUAGAAUAAAAUUUAUUCUAAUUA